AGUUAGCAAAACAAACUGAAGGAAUGCAUCUAUGAUACGCCCAUAUUUAUUUUACACGUCUAAAGAGAUAAAGUCCACUGGUAAUCUGAUACAGCGAGCAGAUGGGCUGACACGCUGGACUGUGAGGGAAUCUUAUGCAAAGCACAGCGGCAACUUGUUCAAAAGGCCUGGCCUCUCUAAUGACCACAGCUUAAUGGUUACGGGCCACGAUAUAUUUACGCCGACGGUUUGUUUCUAUACGGGAAACUCGGGAGAAUUGUUUUGGAAAUAAAACAAAAGACUUCGUAUCUCUCAAGCAAAGAAAUGUCAUCCACCAUAGGUGACGGAAAUAAAAGGUAAAUAUCUGCCUGGUGAGCGGGCAUCGGGACUGGCUGCAGACCUGAGCCUCUCCGAUGUGUGCGCUGCCUGCGAAGCGCCUUUAAUGCGGGCAAAGCCAGUGGGAGGAGGGAAAGCGACAAAACAGGAUGUCAAAACAUGAAACAAACCUGGAUUUCAGCUUCCUGAGCACAGAAGAGGUUAGCGCAAUCCAGGAUGUACUUGCGAGAGACAAGUUGCUGAAAAAGUGCGAGGAAGACAGACUUCAGAAGAUCCAGGGCGAUGGAUGGAGGGACCAGCGCUGGUUGAAGGGGGUGUCGGGCCAGUGGUUCCAGGAGAUCCAGCAGUCCAAGCGGAGGAACGGAACCGACAACGGGCACCACACCCAGUCACCUCUCACACCCAGAGAGACAUCCCUGACGUCAGGGAGGCUUCUCAGAAAGCCUGGGGACAGGAGGGAGAACCACGGCAAGGCCGUCUCCCCCAGCCGGGCCUCAUUCCGUUCCCGGGUCACCUCGCUGUUGGCCUUCCGGUUCCUCCAGAAGGGAUCAGCCUCCCGCAGGAGCCGAGACAGCAGCUUCAGCUGUGCUGGAACCAGUGGACCCAGUGCAGGGGCUGGAGAUCAGGAGCAUUCUGGUGUCCACCUUACAGAGCAGGGACCACAUCCAGAUUUGACAAACAACAGCCCCACUGUUCAACAACAAGAAGACUCUGAAGGGGCCCCAGACCACAGACCUUCAGAACAUCAUGUAGAACCCAGGAAACCAGAGACUAGACCAGUCCAAAGGAGAGCUUGUUAUCCUUCAGUCCCAGAAGAACCCAGAAAGCCAAUUCUCAGAGACCAGAUAGACCUGUGUGUAGCACACAAACGUGGGAGCUACCACAACAGCCUCACUGACUCACUUGUAGAGCCUCCUGUCACUGACUCGCUUGGAGAUCCUCCUGUCACUGACUCACUUGGAGAAUCCACCAUCACUGACUCACUUGGAGAAUCCACCAGCAUUAAAUUUCUCAGAGAAUCCACCUUCAUUGAGUUGCUCGGAGAGUCUACCGGCAGUGACUUGCUUCGAGAAUCCACCGGCACUGACUUGUUAAAAGAUUCUGCUGUCUUCUUGCUAAAUCAGCCUGCCAGUGGGAUUGCCUUUCACACUGAACAAGCUUUCGAUUGUCAGAGAAACUCAGACCUUCCCAAGUCUAACCUUGUUCUUUUGCCAAUUGUUGCCUCUUUUUCUGGUCUGAAGCAUUCCAACUCCUUGCCCACCCUCCAACUCCAAAGCGAUGAAACGCCCCAUUCAGAGUUGCCUGCUCACCUCAAUCCACUAGUAACCAUGUUGCCUCCUUCAGUGGUCACAGUUGUUGCUCCGCAUUGGACAGGAAAGUUUAGGAGACCCAAGCAGGGAGCUGAAACCCCACAGGCUGUAAAGGAAGCCAACGGGAGGAGCCAGGAAGUCAGGUGCAACUCUUAUGUUUUUAAGGAGCAGCAGACUCUCAGACACAGAAAUUCAGUUUCUCAUUCAUUUCUGGGCAGAAAGACUGUGCAGGACAAGGUAAUAUUUCAUGGACCUGACACUCCACAGAGACAACCAGCCACUGAGAGUGCACGGGGUUUGGUUGGCUGGCUUCCUGAGAGGACUACAUCAAGGAUACCUUUGUCUGCAUCUGUCUCACUGGACAACAGCACAAAGAUCUCCACUGGUUCCAGCUCCUCACUUGUACGUCCAGGCAAUGGCCACUGCAGCUCGCUGGAUGUCCACCAUUACAGGAGAAUAUCUGAGGUCAGUUGCCAGCAACCUCCUGUGGCUCGUUUCAAAGGGUAUUCAUCCCCAAGCAGCAUUUUGCUGUCUCUGCGGGGAGGUGGUUCUGCCUUAGGCAGUCCCGGAACACUCUCCUCCUCUAUAUAUGCCACUACUCCUCUCUCUCACCCUGGCAGCACCGCGAAUGCUGCCAAGUCCGCUAGGGAGGGGCAGUUGCAGUAUACUCAAGGGGAUGGGUCAGAUCGACUAUACUUUAUGAAAAGCCAAACUCUCCCACGCAGAUCGACACUGCCCUGGCGGAACCAUAACCAGAAAGAUGCUGCGGGACUGGAUCAUUAUGACCGUGCUUCCUUGGGGUACCCUCUUUCUCAUCAUACACUCCCUGGGCCUGCCGACACACAGAAUCACCCUGAACAGAGCCCGGAUAGCCUCAGUUCUACAAUGAACCUUGGUAAUAACCAAAAAUCAAGCAAUGCCCAUAACAUUUUCACCUUGCCCAGAAACGGUUCCUUAUGGACACCUGAUACCAAGAAAGUCCUUCCUAGCUACACCAUGUCCAACCCCACUCACCCAAGCUCCUUCAGUUCUCAUGACUUGCCAACAUCCAAAAACAGUUCGAGCAAUGUGCCCAACCAGUCUGAUAAGCUACGAACCCCUUCCCAGAUGUUCAAUUCGAGGAACAGGAAAAAUGUGAUAUCUUUCUCUCAAAGCAAAGACAUUUCACCGAAAGAAGGGGCUGUCCCUAUCCACACAUUGAAGGAGCAUUACUCUGCAAAUACUCUCAGUCCUACGGCUGUGACUAGUCCCACAACACCAGAGAGAAGCUGCCACUUUGAGGAGAGUCCAAUGACUCUUUGUUCAACUGGUGAGACUAACCCCACAACACUAGGAAAAUCAUCCAACAGUGUGGACAAUUCAGAAAUUCACAGAGUACUGGUUGUGAGAAUUCCUGCAUCCCCAAGAAGAUCUUCUGGGAAUGUGGACCAUUCAACUCCUCCCAGGUCUAUGGCUGUGACUAGUCCUGUAACACCAGGAAAAUCUUCCCAAUUUGUGGACAAUUCAGUAACUCACAGGAUAAGGGCUAUUAUAAGCCCUGGAGCAUCCCAAGGCAUGGACCAUCCAGUAGCCCUCAAUCCACCUGAUGUGACCAGCAUGACAAGAUCAGCAAGAUCUUCCAGCACUAUUGACAACUCAAACAUUCACAGAUCAAUGGUUAUGAACAGUCCUUCAUCACAAACAACUUUUUCCUAUUCUGUGGACAAUUCAAAAACUCAUAGCCCAAAGGCUGUGACCAGCCCCACAUCACCAAGAAGAUCUUCUCACAGUGUGGACAACUCAAUAUUUCUCAGUCCAGGGGCAGUGCCAAGGUCAUCUUCUCCAGCUGUAUCUCACCAAGAUGUGAAUAGUUCUAUGUCUCACAAUCCACUCUUCCUGACUACUAAUGUGUUGCCCACAGAAUUGCCUCAAAAUAUUGAUGAUAAAAAAGUUGAAAGUCUAACAAAAACAACAAGUCCCAGUGCAGCAUCAAGGCCAUUUAAAUUUUUAGACAGUCCAAAUGUGAGGACCCACAGUCCAGUAUCACAGGCUAAUUUAACCAGAUUGCCCCAGAGUAGCAUCACACCAGUGGAAAUAAAUGGUCCUUCAUUGUCAAUAAGAUCAAGUCUGAAUAAUGCAAGCAUUCAAAAUCCAACAAGUCAGAAUAAUUCUAAUUUGUCAAAAGAAUCUCACAACAGUAUAAAUAAUACAAAGAUCCUGAGUUCAAGUGGAGCACAGACAGUCGUUACAGUAAAUAAAUCGUCUGAUGUGGAAAGCUCAAAAACUGAUAGUUCAACAGCAUCAUCCAGUCCCAUACUAUCGGAGAUACCACCCGUUAAAGUGAGAAAUUCAAGAAUUCCAAGUUUAGAAGGACUUUCUUAUUCCACUGCCAGCUUCUUAUCACGUAACAGUGAGGGGGCUAGCUUGUCCCACAGUGGGGACACUACAUGUAGUCCAUCACCACUGAGUUGUCCUGUGCUGCAGACAAGAUCAGUUUGCAGUGUGGGUGCUCUCAAAACUUACUCUUCCCAGAGACAAUACAGUCCUCCCAGAGUUGUCUCCCCCACACAGAAGUUCCCUGAUCCAGAACUCAGAGAAUCCCCUUUAAGCCCCACAGAAAAUAACAGGAUUACAUCUUGCAGGCAGCACUGUUUUCACAGCAGACAUCCUGCCUGGUCCUCAGCUAAGGAUACACACUCAGAAGCGGCCCAAAGAUUAUCAUCGGAGACUGCUUACCUGAACACCACAGUUAGCAGAAGUUCUCAACCUCUGUCACCCCUCCCUGACUCAAAGAGGAUGUUUUCCUCAGAGUCCGUGGUUGAUAUCAGUACAUACAGUGAAGGUUCCUUUGACCUAUCAGGAAACGUUAAAUUGUCUAGUCCUGAUUUACAGAAGCAAGCAUUGAAUAUGAAUGUCAGUGAAGUGUCUGACAACAUUUUCAAUCCUAACACCAAAACUGCAGAGAAGUUACAGAAUGCUGACUGUGGAGGUUCAGGGCUUCUUGGGUUUAACCGGGAGCAAGGCAAAAACACAGUUCUCAGAAAAAAGCCGACUGGUAUAGUGGUUAGCAUAGAUGAGGUCUGGUACCAGUCUGCCAAUCUCAGGGCUAAAGAUGAGAAAGCACUGGAGAAGCCACUGCGAGAUCAUAGGUUUGUGUCUAUACAGGAACAGAACUCACAUAAGAGUCUACUGACAUUAACAAGCAAGAAAGACCAUACCAGCCCAAUGUCUCCUGUGGUGGCAACCGAUUUUUACUUUACUGAAUGUGAAACAAUAGAAGUAAAAGAGAACCAGGGUAGGAAUAACUCUGAUGUGAUGUCAAAUGGCACCAAGAUGAGUUUCAGUUCAAAGCAGUUUGAAGAUGAACUUCAGACAUCGAGGAAGAAAAGCAGGGUCGAGAUGCCACUCAUCCAAAACAGAACCAGCAGCUCUGUCUCAAGCACCGCAAAAGAGGAUGUUUCAAGGGUCCACAAGAACAUCAUUGAAAAGGAGGUGGCAGAUUUUCAUCUUGACUACAGUCAGACAUCAUGGUUGACUGAAGAGAACAACCAACCCAAAAAUGUAUCUGAGAUAGACAGCAUAAGUAGUAGUUCAAACUGUCUCUUUGAUAAGAGUAGGAACUCCUCCUACCAAAGGAGUCCAUACUCACCUGUAAAUACCCACAGUGUCUCUGUUGAACGUUACACCCUUGUCCCAGGACCCAGGAGAUCCUCGCUCAGUCCCAGAAGUAGCCAGUUAAGCUUUGACUUUGAUUCUGAUGAUGCCGAUAAUGAAAAUGUCUUCUACAGAGGGAGCUUAGAAAGGAAGUCCAAAAGGAAGAAGACCAUUUCUUUCUCUGAACUAAAUGACUACCAGGUAUGUGUGGGUGGACAGGUUGGUGCUGCUGACAGGACUGGGAACACGUCUCUUUCCAGGAGUCUUAAGGACAUCUCUCAAGAGAGCCAGAGUCAUCCUUUCUCAGAUUUCAGCCUGAAGGCUGGACGUUCGUUUUCUGUGAGUAAUGUCCACGCCAGCCGCCCAUCUGGCUCUGCUCGCAUGGCCACUGUUCCUAGAAUGACAAGCAUUGACAGCCUCAGAGGCGCUGAUAUUUUGGACGUUGUGCCGAAGCAGCGAUCCCGGGCUCAGUCCUGCAGCAUAGAUCAAGCUGUUUACAGGGAUGAGAGUGGGAAGCAGGUGACCACAGGCAGGAAUCUGUCACCUCCCAGCCUGCACAAGCCUUCCUCUGUACAGGCUGAUGAAUUGUCGCCAUCACCCCCACCAUCACCCCUCUUUUCUCCCCCACGGAUGUCUCGACCACCCAGCUCCUCACCCAGGAGUAGCUUGACCUCACCAGACAGCCUGUCCCCCAGAGGGUGUUUGCCCUCCAGGGGAUACAAGUCAAGCCUGUCAGACCUUGGGGAGUCUGACUCAGAUACCACCACAGACGAUGAGUAUUACCUGAAUGGUGACAAAGGUGAGAAGGAGACAGAACUAUAAAAGUGGACAAUGUUCUAGGGUUUUCUGAUCUCUGGGUCAGCUACUCAUUGUUAUCCAUGGCUGCGUCUACAUUUAAUUAUGAAACCAAAAUAUUGAUUUUUUUUUUUUUUUAAUGGUUUAAGGAUUCCUUACAUCUGCUCUCAAGCCAGCCUUUCCAAUUGAUGCACUUUGAUUCUCCUUAUCUCCAAUCUUACAUUAUUUCAGUUGGUUGAAGUUGCUAUUUAAAUGUUUUUUUUAUAAAAAAAAUCAUGCUAUUUUCUGACAUGGUGUUUUGUUUCUGUUCUUUUUCAAAUGUACUUUGAUUAAAAAAAAUGUAAUUUAA